GCUGUCACCUCAGUGACAGCUGUCAAGGUAGGUUGGAGGAGGGGAAUGAGGUUAUAUGUUAUGUUCACGGAAAAUAACAAUACAUAACCGUAUUGGGCUUUCAGCUUCCAAUUCGCUUUGAAUAAGUUUUACGAAUACUUAGAUUCUGUGUCGGUUUGAGACUCACGUAAGGGAAACAUCAAUGAAAAAUGACGACGUCGCCUUCGGAUCCAAUUGUGCUAAGCUUCCACGAGUCCUUGCUGCGAGUGUCAGACGUGCAACUGCUCCAAGGACCGCACUGGCUCAAUGAUCAGAUAAUUUCGUUUUACUUCGAGUACCUGGAGAAGAUCAAGUACAAGGCGAACCAAGACAUGCUGUUCGUGUCGCCGGAGGUGACACAAUGCAUAAAGAUCGUGCCUGAGGCCGAGAUAGGCAUCUUCCUGUCGCCAUUGGGGGCCGAAACGAAGCCUUUCAUUUUCUUCCCGUUGAACGAUAACAGCACCCACCGCGCGGGCGGGUCGCACUGGAGCCUGCUGGUGUUCUCUCGCCCGGAAAGUGCCUUCUUUCAUUUCGACUCCUCGGCAUCCACAAAUCUGCCUCAUUGCCAGCAGAUCGUCAGCAAAAUGAAACAUUUCCUCGGGAAGCCGAAUGCGCUUUUCAAGUCAGUACGCUGCCUGCAGCAGUCCAACAGCUACGACUGUGGAAUUCACGUACUUUGCAUGGCUGACAACAUUUCGGACUACAUCAACCGAUUCGAGAUUGUGGAGGGCGCCGGGCCCAUUUCGCACGAAACAAUCAGCCGAAAACGCGGUGAUCUCUUGAAAAUCAUCUCCCAGCUGGGAGGGAAGACUAGUUAGACGUGGAGGAGUGCUUUUUACUCUGUGGUAAAGUCGCAGGAGGCUUGUGGUGAUAUGAAUAGUCCUUGAAGGAUUUUCUUUAAUUUAUUCAAUGCGAAACAAGAACGCUUCCAUGAAGAAAAAUAUUUUACGUUUGAUAUUUCGAAUAUUUACUGAAUAUGUGAUGCCUCUUACUAUUAAAAAUAAUUUGUCUUGCAUUUGGAAUUAUGAAAAGCUACUUAUUAAGAAGCCAAUAAAGAUAUUGAAAUGAUCUAUACUCA